UAUUAAAGUUAUUUGACUGAUCAAAUAUACCAAAUGCUGCAGUAAUGUUUGUGAAGAAAAUGACUAAUCCAUUGGACUUUGAAUUCAAUCCACAAUUAUUACCACAGCAUAAAGAGUAUCAAUUAUUUCCAAAUGAAUUAUGUUUACAAGAAUUAAAAAACUUUUAUAAUGAGACAUGGUUGAGAAAUAUCACGGAAGAAAUUCAGUCGACAAUGGAACAACUGAACAGACCUUGUGAAAAAAUUCAGCGUUAUGAAUGGAUGCUUGAACGUGAAUAUUUUGUUGCUAUAGCAAUGGGUUUAUUAGCUUGCUUUGGAUUAACUGGUAACUUACUUAGUUGCGUUGUCAUUAUAACAUAUCUACUGAAAUUUUCCGGAACUUUUAUUCUUUUUGUAUUCUUGUCAUUAGCUGAUUCACUGGUGGUUAUUAUGCAGACAAUUGAUGCAUAUCGCAAUUCAGUUGCAGUCGACUUCUAUACUUUGAUAUCAUUGGAUGAUUUAUCUCAUCCAUCUAACAUAUGGCGUCGUGAUUGGAAUUGUAAAUUAUUUUUGUACUUUUGGCACUUAGGACUUCAGCUUUCAGCAUGGCUUGUUAUGGCCUUAAGUGUAGAUCGAUAUGCAAGUUUAAAGCAAUUAUAUACACUGCGAAGUAGACGUACUUUACAUUGUCGAGCAUGGUUAAUUGGUGGAGGUAUACUCAUCUUUCUUGCCAUUGUCAAUUUACCGUUCUUAAUAUGUGUGAAGUCAGUAAUUUAUGAAAUGCCAUGCGGACACAGUCAUUUCUGCAUCUUUGCGGACCCUAAAGACAGUGGGGAUCCAUCAAGUGAAGUUGAAUUAACCACAUCACAAUCAGAAGGAGAUGAAUUCGAUGGACUCCAUAGUCACUUUAUCAAUGGAACCUCAUUACUAUUUGGUAAUCUGUCAUCAGAAUUCAAUCAAAAUAUGGAUUGCAAACAGUUAUUAACAUUUCAUAAUUUAUUUACUGAGCCAUCUGAAACGAAACAAUCAAAAUCAGCAUUCUCAAUAGCCCGUCAUAUUAGUAUAUGGCUAAGUCGUCAACAUUUAAUAAUUUUUGGAUUCAUUCCCUAUACAGUAACAAUUAUAUUCAAUCUUCUAUUGAUUCAUUAUUUAAGAACGUUACCAUGGUUUUAUCCCAAACAAAAAUCUGAUAGUAAUAAGUAUUUUGAAAAUAGUUCAAAGUAUACUUCCAGAAUAUUGAUCCAUUUGAAUAAAUGCAUGGUGUCAAUUAUUCAAUUGUUUAAGACAAACAAGAAUACAAAAGAAAAACUUGAAAAAGAAAAUGAUAAAAAACAAUCACUAAUUCCAUGUUCAUGUAUACUUCACCCAGAGAAUAAUCCAAUUAUUAUCGGUUCUGUAUGUUCAUAUCCGUUGAAUAAACGAAAAAAUACGCAUAAAGUAGUGAAAAUGUUCAGUGAUUUUUAUCAGAACACACUAACAACAUACUAUCCUACUUCUAGUCGCUACAUCAUUCAUUCAAGUGUUUUACCACACACUUGGGACGGUACACUGACAUGUAAUAAACGUACAGAUUCUAUAGAUUUUCAGUCAUCUUUUACUCAAGACGCUAUUUCAUAUAACUCAAAAUAUUCAUGUUGUAUUUCUAUGAUUUCAAAUAACUCACAAAAUCAAUUUUGUUUAAAUCACUCGAAUAACGAAGACUGUGAACAAAUUGGUGAAAGUGAUACUGAACGCUCUAAUGUUCGCUGUUGUCAGAAUUAUAAAUAUGAUGGAAAUGCUUUAUCAAAUACUAUCAGUAGAAAGAAUACAGACAUACACAUAUUACUUCGUAAGUGUAGGUCAAAGUCAUUUGGAAAAGGAUGGUUUGUUGGUCAAACACGUACAACUGUUCUCUUGUUGGUUGUUACAUUCACAUUUAUUGGUCUAACACUACCUUAUUUAAUAUAUGUUGAACUUAAACAGUUCAAUGUGCUAGAUCUUACAAAGGCUGAAAACUAUCGUCCUGAACAUAUGGCCGAAGAACUGUGUCGUUUUCUAUUCUUCAUCAACAAUGGUUUAACGUUUUUCAUUUAUAUGACAGGACGCCAGUUUCGAAGAGGAUUUUAUCGACUUAUACAUCGAAUAAGACAUUUUGUAACUUCAUCCAUUUUUCAACAUACUGAAAAACAAAAUAAGUGGUAUCCACAUCCACCUAAUCAAAAUCACACCUUAAAAAUACUGAAGCCAGGCAAACAUUACUCGCUUCACCAAACUUAUGUUCAUCAUCAUUCAUGUCAGCUUAAAGUUAUACAACACCAACAACAGAGUGUACACCUUCAGUAUAAUAAUGAUAAUAAUAAUCUUCAAAAUCUCCAGAAUAACAAUUCUUGUACAAACACGAAAUGAAGUCCCUAUCAAAGAACUUACAAAGAGGUCUAUUGGCAAUAUCAGAAGUAUUCUAUCGAUGUUGUGUACAUGUGUGUGUAUUGUGAUCAUAUAUGUUUGACAAGUCGAUCAACUUUUAUGUUACCGCAAAAAUGUACAAUAUAUACUUUAUCGGUCACUUCAAUUAAAGCAUUCUCUAUUAUUUUUAAUACACG